GAAGAAAGACGCUUGUCGAAAGGAAUGCCGGGAAAAAUACUGUAUGUGUGAAUGAGUCUCGUUAGCCUCGUUUAACCGCUGCACGAGAACAGUUUUCUAUUUGCAAUAAAAUAUUCUUUCAGAAAUGGCGGGGAGCGCUGGGGAAUGGUGUCUUAUGGAAAGCGACCCGGGAGUUUUUACAGAGCUGAUAAAGGGCUUUGGAUGCAAAGGUGCACAGGUGGAGGAGAUAUGGAGCAUGGAGCCAGAAAACUUUGAAAAUCUCAAGCCCGUUCAUGGUCUGAUUUUCCUCUUCAAGUGGCAGCCCGGUGAGGAGCCCGCGGGGUCUAUUGUUCAAGACUCAAGGCUGGAUCAGAUCUUCUUCGCCAAGCAGGUCAUCAAUAAUGCCUGCGCGACCCAAGCGAUCGUCAGUGUGUUGUUGAACUGCACGCAUCCUGACAUGCUCCUUGGGGAAACGCUGACAGAAUUUAAAGAGUUUUCUCUCAGUUUUGAUGCCGCGAUGAAGGGUCUUGCUCUCAGUAACUCUGAAGUUAUUCGACAAGUUCACAAUGGCUUCGCUAGACAACAGAUGUUUGAGUUCGACGCUAAGUCGUCGGCUAAAGAAGAGGAUGCUUUUCACUUUGUUAGCUACGUUCCUGUUAACGGGCGACUGUACGAGUUGGACGGACUUCGCGAAGGACCCAUAGACCUUGGUGUGUGUAACCAGGACGAUUGGAUCAACGCUGUACGGCCCGUCAUUGAGAAACGAAUACAGAAAUACAGUGAGGGAGAGAUUCGAUUCAACUUGAUGGCCAUUGUUUCGGACCGCAAGAUGAUUUACGAAAAGAAGAUCGUUGAUCUACAGGCUCAGCUCACAGAAGAAGAGCCGAUGGACACAGACCAGAGCGGGAAUCUUCUGAGCUCCAUCCAGUCAGAGAUCGCCAAGUAUCAGCUCCUGAUUGAAGAAGAGACCCAAAAACUUAAAAGAUACAAGAUUGAGAACAUAAGAAGGAAGCACAACUACCUACCCUUUAUAAUGGAGUUACUGAAGACGUUGGCCGAAUAUCAGCAGCUGAUUCCUCUGGUGGAAAAGGCAAAGGAAAAACAAAGUGCCAAAAAAAUCCAAGAAGCCAAGUAACCCCACAUUUGUAGACCCCGUUUAAUGAAAUGCCACGGAAUCACUCGCUGUGCUGUUGUCUUCUGUAUCCCAUCAAAGGAGCGCCUGGAAGUGAAGUCGAGCGUGGUGCUUCAUGUCACCUCCUUCAUGUCUGCAUGCAUGUGAAGAGAUGUUUAAAUAAUGUCUUAUUUUCAUAUAAAUUUCAUUUCAGUAAUAGUGUUGUUUCAUGUUUUGUUCUUGUUAGCGCACGGUAAAAGAUGAUAAAUGAGUCUUAAAUUACUGUAAAAUACUGUACAAUAAAGCACUAAUCUAUUAUUAUUGUUUAAUAAU